AUGCAUACACCAACUAUUUUCGACCAAACUGAUCGCACCGGAACCGCCCGCUACGACGGCGCCGGCUCCGAUGAAUAUUUAAGUGAUUCGAGCAGUUGUAUUGAUAAUAGAUCCGACUUAGGAUCAGAUGGUUAUAAUGACUAUGAGUCUAAUUAUGAGUCGGAUAAUGAAGAAGCUACCUGCGCUUCAACCAGCACUAUCAAGACUCCAUUGGUUCAACCACCAAAUGUAAAAGAGCGAAAGAUUAAUGUGGCAUAUACUUUAAGGCAGGAAAAGUUUAAUGAUAAUUUUUCUUCCAAGGACUUGCUAAAUGCCAUUCAAGAAAUUUUCCUAUCACCACCUAGAGAUAUGUUAGAUGAAAAAGGGUCAUUGGAAUAUCUCCCAAUUUAUUCAUUUCUCUUUCCGAAUGAAAAAGGCUCUAGUUUAUAUAAUGCUUAUGACCGGGAUGAAGUGGAAGAUAAAUUGGUUAUCAAAAUCGAUCAAGACGAUCGAGCCCCAAAGUUUUCCGUUGCAGAUGACAUUUCAGAAAUAUACGGUUUGCCCGGGAUUCAUGAAUCUAUUAACGGUCAAAAACCUUUAAGAGCCGUGAUUGAUAUAGAUGCUUCGCGGGAAGAUAUGGAAACGACUGGUGUUAAGACGCAAGAAUUGGAAAAAUAUUCUCAAUGGGUUAGUUAUUGCUACAUCUUCAGAUUAUAG